AUGUCAGCUUUUGAAACACCAUUGCGGUCACCAAAAACGCCAGACUACCGUCCAAAUCUGGACAAGGAGAUGGAAUUAACGUACACUGAUCCGAACCUAGAAUCGGACCCAGAGGAUAGCCCUCCAGCAUCACAACUCGAGCCAAGGCAUAAAGCUGAAUUAGCCAAACAACGCAGCAACGAAGUACAACCUUCUAUUACCCUUGAACGCUACUUCGAAAAUAUCAAAUUAAGCCUUGCUGAAAUAGAAAUAACAAAGCCAAAACACAACCUGUCAUACAACGAACACAAAGCAGUCAAAGAACUGCAAAACAAUACUGCCAUCAACCUUAAACGUGCUGACAAAGGCACCACAACAGUGAUUCUCAACAAGAGGGACAAAAUUCAAGAGGCCCAGGUUCAGCUCGACAACAGAGACCACUACCGACCUCUUGAAAACCCCAUGGUCACUGACACAUUAAAAAAAGUUAAUGAGCUUAUUGCUCAACUGCACAAUGGCAAACAUAUAGACGAUAUGACAAAAAAGUGGCUUUCACAGACUCCCAAUCCGCCCAGAAUACCGAUUUUCUACACUUUAACAAAAAUCCACAAACCUUUGCCAGUGGGUAGACCGAUUAUAUCGGGCUGCGAAGGACCAACUGAAAGGAUAUUAUCCUCUGUGGAUCAUUUAUUACAGCCUAUUGCUCAAAAGCAAAAAUCGUAUCUCAAAGAUACCACUGAUUUCAUCAACUUUAUAGAGAAAACGCAAGUGUCAAAUGAUACUAUUUUAGUAUCAAUGGAUGUAACAAGCUUGUACACAAACAUCCCACAAGAAGAGGGUAUCACAAUAGUAUGCCAAGCAUACGAAAAAUACCACAAUAACAGCCCUCCCAUUCCGUCCCACUACUUAAAACAAAUGCUCGGGCUUAUACUGAAAGAAAAUUCGUUCCAGUUCAACGGAGUAAACUAUCUCCAAUGUUUUGGAACUGCCAUGGGAACACGAAUGGCGGUUGCUUUCGCCAAUCUCUUUAUGGCCGAAAUUGAAACAAAACUGCUUCACCAAAGCAGUAUCAAGCCGAGAGUAUGGAAGCGUUACAUUGACGACGUUUUCUCCCUGUGGGAUGUUCGUAAACAAGACAUUGAUCUAUUCAUAGAACAAGCUAACACGUUCCAUCCAACUAUAAAGUUCACGGCUGAAAUCUCAGAGACUGAGAUCACAUUCUUAGACACGGUUGUCUACAAAGCAUUUGAUGGAAGACGUUUUAUAAACUACGUGAUUCGCAUCUUUGAAGUCAUGUCAAUGGAUUUUUGUGACAGCGUGUGUUUUGUGGAACCCGACUGUGUCAGCAUUAAUCUUGAUAAAUGA